AUGACGCAUUUGAGUGUCUAUGGCGGCCUCUUCUCGGACCCGCCGCUCAUCUCGACAGAUGUUGACCCGAAGAAGACGGAUCCCUACAACAAGAUGGACACCAUCCCGUCGCGCUACCUCGGCAAGGGACUGAGCAUAGGUCGUGGUGCGACGGGAAACAACCCCGAGGUGUACUUUGACAAGAAGUACCUAACCCUGGCCUCGCCGGAACAGAACAACAAUAAAGACAUGGGUGCCUUUGAGGACGCCGACACACGCAGACGUCGAGAGGCAAUGGAGUCUAAGAAGAAGAACAUCUCCGACAAGGUGUUCCUCCUACCAUCCUAUCCAAAGCGGAGUGAUGGCCCUGGGAGCUACACCGGUUGCUUUCAGAAUCGAGCCUUUGAGUUUAUAAUGCCAGUGGAGGACGACAAAAAGAAGCGCCGGCGGAAGAAGCCCCCUGUGACGGAGGUGGUUGACAAAACCAGGUCUAGCCUUCCCAAUGUUAAAACCAAUCCACCUAAGAAGGGAACCUACGGUGUUCCCGGGACCCUCCUUGACAAUCCAAAAUACGAUGAGAACUGGCAGCAGGAGAUUGAGAAAUUGGAGGCGCUGCGGGCAAAGCGGGAGAAGAAGGUUCCGCAACCAAAGCCAAUGGGCCCACCAUUUAAAAUUUCAGGUGUCACCCACGAUUUUUUAGAUGAGCUCCCUGCUACCGGCGUGUCCGGCGUGUAUCGCCACGAACCCGUGGAGGAAAAACCCUCAAAGCACAAGGUGCGAGAGAAGCCACAUGCGGCUGUUGCAGUUUUCACUCAGGAGAAGCCCAUGAUGUUUGUGUGGAGCAAAUUGGGUCAAGACGGCUGCAUUGCCGAUUUUCCCAAUACCUGGAUUGACCCAGAGGCCUUGGAGCGGGAGCGAAAUAAGGGAAAGAAGAGGUACCGAAAGCCAAAGCCAGAGUACAUUCCCGGGCCUCCUAAGGGAGUAAGCGGAAUAUGGAGGCCAAAUUCAUUCCCUGAAGUAUCGAUCGUGCAGUCUUGUCUUCGUCGAUUCUACUAG